AUGGCCACUGAAGACCCGUCAUCCAUCAGGCUGAUGCAAAUUAAAAUCUUGUACUCCUUAGAUAAUCAACCAAAUGUAUAUUUAUCACGGUCAGAAAACACCCUUCCAGUCCAAAUAGUUCAAAUUUCGCUUGGAAUGAAUGACGACGAACUAAUAACAUUAGGUGGUUUAGAAUUGAAAGAUUGUGUAAAACAAGUUGUACGAUCGGCACCUGACACGUUCAACUUGAGUUUUCGUGACUUUGAAGUUUAUUACCAAGAUAUUAGUGAACAACCAGACGAGCCUUUCGUUGCCAACGGUGUUAUUUCAAAAUUAUUAAAUUCUAAUGAGUCAUGUUUGGUUCCUGGACGUGUUUGCCAAAGUUUAGGAGCUGGAUCCAUAUUUGGGAAAAAGUCAAAAAUGGCCUCAGAAACAUUGGAAAUUAGAAUGCAAUUACGUACCAUUGAAAUCCCAGUUACCAAAGAAAAAACACCAGCACCAGAACAACAAAGCCACUCACAUUCACGUAAAUAUUCACAUUCAAGUCUAGCAAAAAGAAGCAAUCUGCAAAUCAUUAUGGAAAGAAAAAGAAACCACGAGUCGUCGUCUCAUUAUGGUUCAAAUUAUCCUCCAGUAAAAGCAACAAGAACGUUGUCAUUGCCAUCAUUUGUUAACCCACCAGUAACUACGCCUCGUCAUAAAAGAGAUAAAGUUGAAGAUAGAUUUAAAAAUGCUCCUUUCUACCUGAAUCUGGAUAAAGUCACAUAUACUACUACUAGUACUACUACCAGUAAUCGACCUGGACCCCAACGACGCUACCAAUCUCCCUCAACAUCAACGUCGCUUCAACCACAACGCGCUGCGCGUACUCGAUCUAUGUUUACUUCCAAUAUCCCAUCAAUUUCAUCACCUAUAAAUGAAGAACCUUAUUCCGAUGAUCCUGAUUACAAUGCCAAUGAAGAUAAUUUCCAUAAUGAAGAUGAAGUAUCUAGUGGCGGUAAUUCACCAGUGACAUCACCAUACACUCCACAACAACCACCUUACAAACCACCUACACCAACACAAUUACCUGAUGAUCUCGAUAGUAUCCGAAGUCAUACUAUUCAAAGCUCCAAAUUAAGUGAAAAUCAUGGAUUGGUUUGUAUAAAUGAAUGUUGUCGUACAACAAGUUCAAUCAAUUGGAGAUAUUUUGAAACUGAAUAUAGACCAGAAUAUUCCAAAAUACUUACCGCUCAUAAAUUUGACAAAAGGAAUUAUGAAGGCAUGUUGGGUCCAUUAUGUAAUGCGUGCUUUUUAUUUUACAAGAAUAAAGGAUUUAUGAGACCUGAACAUGUGGUGCGAAAAUAUAUUCAUCAACAACGUUAUACUGCCAAAUUACGUAAGAAACAAAAGGAAGAUGAACUGAAUCGAACUACUUUGGAUGCAAUUGCUAUGAAAAAGUUUGUUUCUGGAACAUCAGUAUCGUUGAACGCAGGAUCUUCACCUGCUGGCAGUUUCCCAGCACCUAGUCAUACUCCUUCAGCUAUAAACCAAGUAAUUCAGAAUAAGGCAUUGACGUCACAUGGAAACAAUGGAAACAAUAACAAUCUCAAUUACGAUCCAACACCACCUGGGUUUACACCAGAUUAUAAUGAUCUACUACAUCAAAUAAAUAUUUACGGAGGUCCAUCAACAGAUAUAGAUCCAUUACCUGGUGCCACUCCACCAAUGGUUGCUACAAAAUCCAAUACAAGAGUGAUAAAUGUUGAUGCUGGAGGUGCUGAAGGUGCUGAAGGUGCUGAAGGUGAAGAAUAUAAAAAGGCCACCAAACUAAACACAAGAAUCAUUGGUGUACCCGUGGAAAGUAACAUCGAGGAAGAUGAUAAUAAUAAAGAAAACUUACCUCCUAAGAUAAACAAAAACCAUAACGAUUAUGAUGCUAUGAUCAGUUCAUUCCAAGAAAAUAACAAUGAUUGGAUGAGUUUCUUUUCAUCUCCUAAACAUCAUGUUAGUCCCAAUUCGAAAACCCCCGUAGAUAACCCCAAUGAAAUUCAAAAAUCUCCAUUAAAAAAUAAUGUCAAUAAAAAAACCAUUGUCAAUAUGCCUUCAUCUCCUUAUCAAUCAACAUUAGAUGCAGCAUCUGAAAAUGGUCAUUAUGAUCAGCAAAAUGUUUUGAAUGAUGAAAUAAGUAAAAUGAUUAAUAUGAGUCCUUUCAAAUCUUCACCUAAUCGUGCAAAUAGAUUGGAUACAGGUAAUCUGAUCAUGUCUAAUCAAAACAAAGAUGAAGAUAAAAAGAAUCAAGCAUCAACUCCAAAUACAGAAUUCUAUUCUAAUGAUGAUGACAGUGAAGGGCAUAAAAAUAUUACGGAAACAGGUUCUACAGUGCUAGAAAAGGAGAAUCAAUUAGUUUCACAUUAA